AUGCUGCUCUUAACAAAUAAGAUUCGGAUUUCUCACUUCCUAUAUCUCCUCUCUCUCUCUCUCUCUCUCUCUCUCUAUCUAUCUCACCCUCUCUCGCAUGCGUGUACACAUAAUUAUUCGAUGCCUGUCAAUAUGAAGAUGGAAGCGAGACUCGAAAAUCGAAGGCCUGUUUUGAGAAAUCGCAAAUAUGGAUUUACACGACCUGCUAUCCGUCACAACGAAGCGAGAUAUUUGGAACGGAGGCGCAAAACACACGUACCGUCAACUGUUUUACCUCUUCGCGUUUAUCGAAAAGAAGAUAAAGGCAGGAUAUUUGAGGCUGGCAGAAAUAUUCCGAAGAGAUCUGAUCUACGCGAAAACAUUGCUCAGCCACCUGAAUUCGUUAUGAUCAAGCAUGAUAAUGCAAAAGGAUCUCGAUCUGUUCAAAAAGAUGAUCGCCAUUCCUCAGAAGAUGCGUCUGGUUCGAAGAAAAACGAGAGAAUACAUAAAUACCAGUCGCUUUCUUCUCCCUCUGGCAUAGAUUCGUUGAAUAUGGCAGGUGAUUUUCAAUAUGGUUACAGACCUGCAACUUAUAGCAUGCCUCGAUCUUUAUACGGUAGACCAGAUUAUUAUGAUCAAAUGCCUUUUAUCGACAUUGCCGAAACAAACACUAGAGGUCAAACAUCCGAAGAGAAUGCGUCAUCAGAAAAUGACCAGCACGAUGGGGAACAAGAUUAUAUUGAUGACAACGAGAUACCGUCUUAUGCGGACAUGCAUGGGAGUGACAUGACUGUAGGCGGGGAUCGAACCAUCGAUGUGAAUACAUUUUACGAUAAUAACCCAAUGUACAUGAUACCUGAUGCCAAAUCAGAAGAUGAUGAUGACACCUCCGUGGAAAAUAGACAUGAUGAUGGUCGACAGGAUAGUGGGUCUGAGGAACAAGAUAGCCCCAAACAUUUCCAGCAGACAAUUCACAAGAACCAUGACUCUCCAGAUACGUUACUCAUAGUCAUCGACAAUAAGGCCAAGUCUAAGAAAAAGUUAAGUGAUCGUAACGAGAAUUUGAGUAUUAAACGAGUGACACCUGAAAAUAAAAAAGUCAGUCCAGUGAUUAAGGCUGAUCAUUCCUAUUCAAAUAUCCUUCAUAAUGCGGAACCUGAUCAUUUGCAAAGACGAACAACCGUUCCCACGACAAAAGCGUUUGGGUCGAUCAAUGCAGACUGGCCUAAGCGGCCCGUAACACGCCCGAUAAAUCCCACUGAUUCAGAUGCCAAACGUAAAUUUUUAGGUGGACCAGAAAUGAGCAAACUGAAAUUUGCUGAUCGUAGUCUAUCGUUCGAAGCUGGGAAAGAGUUGUUUAGAGAUUACAAACGUCACGAAGUGCCUGAUUUAUUGGCUUUAUAUCCCAAAAGACGUACAAUAUCUUCGUCAUCGUUAAACGAUACAGCUUCUCAAACUGAUGAAAUGCUGCUCCCACACCACAGUGAGAGAGUAAACGGUUCAGAGUUGGAAUCUUCCCUUUAUGCAAAUAAUUAUGGGGUUUUGAGUGAAUUGACAAAUUCAGAUAUCAUAGAAUUGCCCAAUUUAAAACCUCCCUCCGUUACAUCAUCUGGGGCUGCAACCGUCGCGGAUUUUUCUCAUGGUCACUUAAAAGCUGAAACUCUUCCUCUUUUCGGUUGCGUAAACCACAUUUGGGAAGAUCAACAAGGUUUUAUGUUAGGCAUGUAUGAAGUCAUGGAUUUUAAGAACACAACCUUUAAACGAGAUCCCGGUGCAAGUUAUUAUUUAGUAGACAACACGCAAGAAGUGAUUCAUUCUCUAAAUUUGAACAUGGUCCAGAGACAAAUCUGCAAGUGUAUUCUCUCUAAACAACCAAUUCAAGAUAUUGAAGUUUUAUGUGAACAUCAAAUGAAUGGACGUCUAAUUCACGUGGAACUACCAAACAAGAGACGGAAUACAGAAAUGCAAUGUCACAUAAAAAUUUAUAAUGGCACAUGGCAAGGAUUUAAAUCUUGCAAAGAGGGGCAAAAAUAUUGUGACUAUAUGUUUGGAACACGAUUUGUUCAGUGUGGUGGUGAAGUAUGCCAUGAAAAUGCAACUUGUGAGGAGGACAGAUGUCAAUGUAAUGCAGGACUUUAUGGAGAUGGAGUUACAACUUGUCUUAGUACAAAUGACACCUGCACAUGUCUUGUGUCUGGUCUCUCCCGAUAUCGAACAUAUGAUGUAUGUUCAGGUGAUGGUGUCUAUGUGAGUUAUGAUCGCAAGCACAGAGUAAAAAUAUUUCUUCCGAAAUCCUACCGAGAAAAGUUGAUUGGAAUGUGUGGAAACUGUAAUGGAGAGCGGGAAGAUGAUUUUUAUGAGAAACACAAAGAAAUUCCAAGCACAGUGGAUUUGGUGGGAGCCAGUUACAUGCUUAACUCUUCUUUUACUUGUGGACAAAUAAGCAAUAUUAACAAAUGUCCAGAAGGAGUGGAAAAGUGUGAAAUAAUGAUGUCUGGAGCAUUUGCUGGUUGCCAUCCUUACCUGGAUCCUGGUUUGGUUGAAGCUUAUUAUGAAUCUUGUAUGCAAAUGACUUGUGCCUUCAAAGCCCAUAAAGAUUAUUUAAAGAAGUUGACAUGUGCGGCUUUGGAGAGUUUGGACACGGAGUGCAUGAGCCGAGGUUAUAUGGUGCAAUGGAGAUCACAGACAAUAUGUUCCAUAAGCUGUUGUCGUCCCAUGGUAUACAACAAAUAUAUGAAUGUGUCAGAUUCCAAUUGCGUAUCUUCUCCAGUCUGCUCUGCACAACCUGUCGAUGGUUGUGUGUGUGGAGAAGGUUAUGUUUUGGACAAUAACAAAUGUGUCCUACCUAAAGACUGUGGAUGCUGGUACAACAAUUCUAUAUAUAUUCAGCUGGGAGAAACUUAUCAUGUUCCUGGCUGUCAUUUGAUGAUUCAAUGCCGUAAAGUAGCCACUGGUAAAAAGAAGUUGGUGGUUACUCACCUGGAAAAUGGUUGUGGAAACAAUUCAAAAUGCAUCCUGAAAGACCACAAACACCAAUGUGUCUGUGAAGAAGGAUUUGCACGAAAUAAAAAUGAUACACUUUGUCUGAAAAUUCCUGAAUGUGGCGAUCAUCCUGUUGAUGUUGUGUUUGUUGUUGACAUUUCUGGAACCCCACAACCUGUUCCAGCUCAACAUGUACUCAAAGAAGCAACAGAUGCUCACUGCCUUACACAAAAUUGGUCCACCAGAGGGCACUACUUAUCUGGGUAG